CGGGUGUGUGGGACUUUCACGUUCUGACCACUGGGUGGUGCUAAAAUGCUGCAGAAGCAAUAGGAGAGAUGGAAGAGUCGGGCCGCGGAGACAGGGGCCCAAACUCCCACCGCUCAUGAUCUGCGAGAGGCAGUGAGAAGCAGCCUCUGACACAGACCAUGAUUCAUGUGGACCACAGCUUUGAAUCAGUACAAACACGCCGACUUUAACAGGAGAGGCCAAAAAGAGAACCAGCAGCCCCAGUGAGCAUCACAAGAUGAAAAAAAAAAAAAACCUCAAUAACGGAACUUUUUUUUUUUCUUUCUUUCGAAGCACUUGAUGGUGUGAAGGGCUUUCUGUAGUAGUUUUGAUCACCAUAAACAUCCAAAAAUAGGAAACUGUGAAUAUUAUUCUUAAAAGCCACUUUGCUGCGAGCGUGUAGGAAAACACAGCAACACGGCAGCAAACGACAGACUCCCAAUUUAACACAGCAGAAGUUUUGCGACUGACAGGACAGAUUGCAGGAUGAGUUUGUUGUGCACACAGCUUCAUUAGCUGAUUCCUCUUUGUGUGACAAAGCAGCUGGGUGUUUCCAAAACACAUGUUUAACAGAAGAACGUUAUCUGCGAAAGGUUUUCUGAGAACAUGUGUGAGGCGCCUGCUGAGAAAAACAAGAACUCUCUCAAGCUGUAGGUAAAACAUUUAGUUUACUUUUAUUGCUCUUAAAGCCUAUGGAAGUUCUUUAAGACAAGAAAAGUUAUGAAAUGUGCGUCAUUUGCUCUCUGUACUCUGUAGAUUAUCGGUACGACAAGUAGAUUCAGAUUACCGGUACAAACAUCCUUCAGCUUCGUACAAAUAUGAUCUCUAAUAGUCAUUUAUAGCCCUAGAACACAAACUUUCAUUUACUCUAUUUGGAUUUCAUUAGACUGGGAUACACAAGGUCUUGCAUAGCUGUACAAACUGUGUGGUUUUUGUCAUGUUUUACAAAAAAACAUCUGAAAAGUGCAUGUAUUUAGUCCCCGGGAAUAUGUCCACCUUUUGUUGAACGUCUUUUUUGGGUCUUUCUCAAACGGCUUUUCACACCCAGAUUCAUAAAAAUAGCUCAAGUUCAGUCAGAGAGGAUGGAGGACAGUCAUUUUUCAGGUUUCACAUUUGAUUCGCAGAUAAAUUUAGAUCUGGACUUUGACUAAGUAAUUUAACUAAUGAAUUCGCCUUGAGGGGAAACAAAGCGCUGGUCGUAUUUUAGACUCGUUUUCUCCCAGAAUUGCCCUGUGUUUAGCUCAGUCCAUCUUCCAAUCAAGACUGACCGUCUUCCCCUGAUGCCACUAAAUAAAAAACGUCCCCACAGCCUGAUGCUGCUCCCACCAUGAUAAGCCAACAGGGUGGAUGGUGUGUUCAGAAAAAUGUACAGUGAAAUACUUACUCACCCACACUUUUCAGAUUUGUUAUCACGAAAAAAGAAGAAAAAGAAAGAAAAAUCAAAAACUACUUUCAUUUUUUGUUUCUCUUCACAGGUAUGAACUCCUUUUUGUCGGUUGGUUGCACAGAAACAAAAAAAUGAAAUUCACUGACGUUUUGCGGUUGUAACGUUACUUUUGUGGCUUAAGAAAAAUCCAAAAAUAAUCCGCAAUUUUGAUUGUUUUCUUUUAAAUAAAAGUUUAAGUCUUUCAUGAGAACUUCAUUUAGUAAAUUCAACAAGAUAGAGAAAAUGUUCCCAACAUUAACACCAGGCCUUUUCUCAUCUACAUAAGUUCUGUAUUUCAUUACACUACAGACUCUACUUUUUACACCGAUGCAUUCGUCAUCCAGGUGUAGGUGAAAAUCAUACCGUCAAAUAAAAUAAAUGCUUGUUUGCUCAAAAUGCAUGAUCGUUUUUGGAGGUAUAAUUCUGUAUUAUUUCCCUAGAAGACUAAAUAAAGUUAUGCAAUGAUCGGACUGCUCUUCCCUAACCAGAAAUAUUUAUUCAAAACUGUAUUUUCUUCACCAAAAUCCUCCUCAGCAGAUUGAUUGUACAUCAUUAUUCAUGGAAACAGAACAAGCAACCUUCUGUUAAUCAAACAGCGAUGGAAAAAAAAAGUUUCACUCCACAUGCAUAAAUGCAUAAUGCAUUUUCUUGUGUGAAAUGAGAAAUUUUGCCUUUGUUCAUCCCUCUCUUCUGCCUCUUUUUUUUUUAUUGUUGUGGAAAUGUUCCGUUAAGCACCUUUGAAGUUAUUUCCUGUUGCAAAAUACAAUCGUUUCCUGACAGAAAUGCAAACCCACAUUUUUGGUGUGUGCAUGUGCGCGCAACGCUGCGCCUCAUAAAGACAGAGGAAGGCUGCGAAGGCACCAGAUCAGAAAGGUUAGAGGUUAGACGGAGUGACUUUCAGUUCUUUGGAAGGUGAGGUGGAAAAAGGAGAUCUUUAAAACAAAAGAAGAAGAAGGUCAAGGUCCUCGUCUGAAGCUGAAAUUCCCUGAGCGGACGUUUGAGAAGCAAAAGGCAGAGGAACAAGAAAAACCCAAAAAAACCUGCUGUACCUGUGCAGCUCUCAGAGUGGAAGACAAAAAGGGCUCGUCUGCAGACAGAGAGCAGAGACAAAGAGAACAGCGCUGGCACUUAGGAACGGGGCGAAAGGCACAGUUGGAGGAAAGCGGUGAUGGAAAACCUGACCGUCUACCAUGGACCCAUCGGCAAGGAGGAGGGCGAGAGGCGGCUGGGCCAGGACGGGAGAGACGGGUGCUACUUAGUACGUGACAGCGACUCGGUGCCGGGCGUCUUCUGCCUCUGUGUCUUGUGCAAAGGAUAUGUCUACACAUACAGACUCCACAAGGACGAAGCGGGCUCGUGGGCUGCAGAAACCACUCCCGGUGUGCCGAAGCGGUAUUUCCGGCACAUCAAGAACCUGAUAGCAGCCUUCCAGAAGCGGGGACAGGGAAUUGCCAUGCCUCUGCUCUACCCCGUCACAGCUCAGAGGCGGGCGCAGACCCACGCCGAGGAGCAGCAGCAGCAGCAGACGCCUGGUAAUGGCCUGUCGCCCAACCAAAGCCCCUACCUGCAGCGUCUGGCGUCACCCGUCGCUCAGGAGCCGAAAAACAGGAGCAAGAAGGAGGUGGCGCAAGCUUUUGGUUAGAGGGUCGAACCCAAACAAUGACUGAACACCAAACUUCAAACUUCUCAAAUCUCAUUUCUUUCCGCCAGUGUUUCUUUUUCUCUGAAACAUUAACAUCUAAUACUGCACACAUGAGUUUGACGACAAAAAAAAAUUAUCUAUAUAUAAAUUGUUAGUGGGCGACAAAGAAAAUAAACAAUUUUGUCUGAAAGAAGCUCUCUUAAAUAAGGUCAUGCUUACACAGCCAAAGCCUUGGACUGACAACAUAAUGUGGUGGGAAAAAAAAUUCAAUUUGACAUAUUGAAGUAGUGAUUUUCACGGGGAGAAUGCUGACUGCAGGAGGGUGGGGGUGGGCAGGUGUGUGUGUGUGUGUGGAAUCAGUCACUUUUCUGACUGACAUGAAGAAAAAACAUGAGUGGGGGACACACAGGAAGGGAAGGUGAGAAAACAGUGAGAGCAUCCUCUCAGCCCAGACUAUUAUUCAGUGCAGCGGUCUCCUAGCAACCCAAGGAUCCUCCAUCUUUUUUUUUUUUUUUCUCCUUCUCACCGCAGCAGAGAUGAGCUUGGACAGUAUCUAGUGGAGCAUAUGUUUUAGAUGGGAAGAGGCUCAUCACAGUCGAUGAGCAACGUUGCUACUCAGAAACGUA